CUCCAAGUCUGCCUGCUUUACCUACCUACCUACCUACCUACCUACCUACCUACCUACCUACCUACCCACCUACCCACCUAUAUCCAAUUCGGACUUUUUCGAAAAUGAAGUUCCUCACGUUCCUCCUUACUGCCGUUAUUACGGCUAGGUCGGCAUAUGCUGUGUGGUGCAACUACGGCACUGGGGGGAAUGGAGGCUGUGAAGCUAACGGGAAACAUACGUACUGCUGUAACAAUGACAAUUACCAGAGCAAGGCUUUUCCUAUAUGGCGCGUAUCGACUGUACCAUCUAAAGACAAAAACGGACAUACAGAUUGCACAUCCGGAAACCCCGUGCGAUCGGGUUGGAUUGCUUGUGCUUAGUUGGGCGCAUUCGAAACGGAACGAAACGAAACGAGAAUGAUUGUCGAGAGAUAUUCGCAGGGUUUGGCGACAUUUAUCUUCUUUUCCUGACGGCGUUCGCUAUUGCUGUACUUUCUGAAGUGAGAUGAAAAGCAAAUCACGAUGCUUGUUUCGCUAGCGGAAGUGAUCUAUCACCAAAAAUCUAUCCUAUUCUCUGAUAGGCAGUCAUUACAGUGCGAUCAUUAUCGUCAGACCGAACACCAUCAAUCC